AUGGCGUCGUCCAAAGGUCUUAUGAGUGAGGAGCAGUUAGAUGGUCCAGAGAAUAUAAUAUUUAACCCUACUAGUGAUAAUAUAGAUGUUGUAGAAGGAAAGAGUCAGAGUGUCAACUGUUUAGCUGAUUGUAAACCAGAUUGUAACAUCACCUGGUCUAAAGAUGGUUCAAGAACAAUUCUAAAUAACCCUUUAUCACUUAGUACUAGAGAUCAAACUGGUUCUUAUAACUGUACAGUUACACAUAUUGUAUUAAAUAAACAACUUACAAAACAACUUAAUGUUCAGAUUUAUUAUGGUCCUGAUGAACUUACUUUCUCACCAGAUGUAACAAGUAUCAAUAUAAUAGAAAAUGGUCCUGAUGAACUUACUUUCUCACCAGAUGGAACACUUAUCAAUAUAAUAGAAGGUAGAGAUCAAAAUAUAACAUGUUUAACUGAUUGUAAUAAAUGUAAUUAUAAAUGGACUGGACCAAUUUCAUCAUCAACUAAAGAUCUUGUAUUGACUCAAAUAAAAAGAACUCAGGAAGGAAACUAUAGAUGUGAAGCUACCAAUAUUAAAAAUACCAACCCUACAACAAGAUCUAAAUCUAUACAAGUUAAUGUACAUUAUCCACCUGAUAUAACCAGUGUAAAAUCUAAUGCCGUAAAUAACGAAACUGAUGAAGGUUCUAAUGUCACAUUUAACUGUAAGGUUGAUAGUAAACCAGUAUCUACUAUAACCUGGUCAUCUUCUACUAGUACUGAUACUAACACUGGUCAACAGUGGACAUUAACUCAAGCUAAAUGUCAGGAUACAGGAAUCUAUACAUGUACAGCUAAUAAUGGUAUUGGUCAGUCACCUACUAAAUCCUUACCAUUAAAUAUUAGAUCUAAGAAUGGUAUUGGCCAGUUAGCUGCUAAAGUUUUACCAUUAGAUAUUUAUAGAUUUUCUUCUCGAUUAAAUGAUAAAGAGGAAUUCCUUUCAGGUUCACCAAGAAUUAAUGGUGAUUUAAAAGAUGAAGUAAUGAAUAGACUAGGUGAAGAAGUAACAUUACUUAUUGAUGUUAUAGCCUAUCCUAAACCUAGUUUUAAAUGGAUACAAGAAUCAACAGGACAAGAAUUUACACCAGAUACAACUCAACAAGAAGCUACCAAUAAUUAUAUUUCAAGUUUAACAUUCACAAUACAACAAUCAUCAUUUGGUAUCUACAUUGUAACUGUUAAUAAUAGUAUAGGUGAUGAUAAAAGUUACACUAUAAAGAUUAUUGAUGGUGAUCCCUCCAAAUCUGGACCACCAUCAGAAUUAAAUAUUCCUGCUGUUGUUGGUGGAAUAGUAGCUGCAGUUGUUGUUAUAACAAUUGUAAUUGUAGCUGUAAUUGUGAUUAAGAAAAGAAGGAAUAGUGAACCUGAGUAA